AUGGCACUGACGCUGCGCAUUCGUACCCCAACGGGGAUGAAGCGCAUUCAAGCUUCUCCGGAAUGGACCUUGAAGCACCUCUACCAAGAAGUUGCUGCCAUGCUUGGCAUUUCGGCGCGCCUGCGUCUGAAGACAAAGCAGAGCAAAGAUCUCGCAGAGUCAGGCUGGGACAAGCCCCUCAGCGCAACGUCCAUCAGACACGGCGACAUUCUCACACUGGAAGUCGAGAAAUCUGCGGAGGAGCAGGAGAAGCACGAUGAGGAACAGCGGCGGUUACAGGCGCUGGAGCUCGAUGCCGUGGACGUUGUUCUCGCUGCAAAGGACGGAAAGGUCACACGCAAGCGCGGCCCACUGUGCCGGCAUCCGCCGAUGGGGUCGUGUCUGCACUGCACGCCGCUUGAGCCGUACGAUCCGCAAGUCCUCAACGCAGCAGAUCCGCCCAUCAAGUUCCUCUCCUUCCAGUCGUUCCUCCGAAAGAUCGAGCACGGGUGUGUCGACAAGUUUGCUGCGCUGCCCGAGAUUGACUGCAAAGUGAAGCCAUGCCUCAACCACGCCCCCUGGCCCGAGGGCAUCUGCUCAAAGUGCCAGCCCAGCGCCGUCGUCCUCAACAGACAGGAGUACCGACAUGUGGACUAUGUUGAGUUUGAGUCGCACGAGAUCCUGGACAAGUUCCUUGACGCGUGGCGGCGGUCGGGUGCCCAGCGGGCAGGGUUCAUGUAUGGGUCAUACGAGGAGUACGACCAGGUCCCGCUCGGCGUCAAGGCUGUCGUCAAGGCCAUCUACGAACCCCCGCAGUCCAACAGUGCGCUCGGGCUUGAGAUUGCGCUUGAAUCGCCGCAGAUCCAGCAAGUCGACCAGAUGGCGAAGCAGCUUGGCCUCAAGCGCGUUGGCUGGAUCUUCACCGAUUUGGAACCAGACGCCAACGGUCUUGCCAAAUACAAGCGAUACAUCCAGCCCGGGGAUGAGGACUCGUAUGUCAUCAGCGCAGAGGAGAUCCUCAACGCCGCCAUGUUCCAGAACCAGCACCCAAACCCGGUGCCGCCUCGCUUCUCGACCACGGGGGUGCACGGCUCCAAGUUCACGACUGUCGUUGUCUCGGGUGACAGCGAGCACCAGAUUGUGCCCAGGGCGUACCAGGCCAGCACGCAGGCCAUGAACCUCGUCAGAGACGACAUCCUGCGGCCGAGCGACUCCCCCGCGCUGGUUGCCGUGCGCCCCGCCGACGACACCACAUUUGUGCCCGAGGUCCUCUUCACCCAGCGCGACAAGUACAACAAUGAGAUCAAGCACAAGGCCGACCCGCUCUUCCCCGUCGCAUACCUCGCCGUCGACUUGCCAGCGGGCGGCCGCAUGGACGCGACGUCCACCACGUUUAGCGUUUCGUUCCCCAUUGAGAAUCGCGAGGCGCUUGGUGCCCCUGCCUCCCUCUCUGCCCUCAAGCAGCACCUCCAGGACACUUCAAAAUCCUUCCUGCAAAAGGUGUCCGACUUCCAUCUGCUGGUGUACCUCAUGACCGAUGACAUGUUCGUCUCCCUCAAGGAGUCACUGCCGUCGCUGCUGCGCGCUGUCCGCGAUGGCGACGAGUCUGCGGCGGCGGCGUGGACGCAAGACGAGCACUGGAUGACCAUCACCAUGCUCAUGGAGUCGUCGUGAUCACACACACACACUCACUCA